AUGAAGAAAAGAACUUUAGAAAAUAAAUUUUUAUCAGUUGAUGAUUUAAAUGAAGACGAAGAAGAAGAUGAUGCAUUACGUGAAGAAUUAGAUAUGCAUUUAGUUAUUGUUUCAAUAAAUAAUUUUAUUUAUAAAUCGUUUCUAACUGCUAAACAAGUUAUAAAUGAAAUUGAUUUCAUGUUAGAAUAUAUGAUACCUGAUUUAGGUAAUUGUGAUGAUUUACUUCCGUUACGUAUGAUUAAUAUAAAAGCUCAAAGCAUUUAUUCAUUAAAUGGAUUAAAUGAAGAAUUAAAUAAAUUGUUUAAAGAUUUAUCAAAUCUAUUGGUACAAGAAUUAGCUAUUCAAGAUGAACUUGAAGAUGAAAAAGAGAUGAAAAAAUACAUUUAUUUCACGAAUGCAUAUUAG